GCUGCGAGAUACUUUUGAGGCUUCCUUGCAUAACCUUAUGCUGUCCCUCUUUUCUGACCACUCUCUCCACCUCGGAUACCUCUGCUUCACCUCUUGUGUACAUCUCACUGGAUACAAGCCAUGAAUCUUCCACCUUUAUCCCUUCUAACUCGGUCAUCUGUUGGGACUGCAGCCACCAACAAUCCUUUCUCGUACCAACUGGAGGUAGCUAGGGAGUUGAUGCACCCCCAGUUUCCUCCAUGGGCUCUGUCGCUUUUGAUAGCAUUUGGAGUUAUGCGAGGUAUCAUCAUGAUUAUCUGCACAGCAAUCAUUUUGACGCCGGUAUUCAAAGGCGCCGCUAGUAGGAAAAAGCAUUUUUUCUUGAUCCGUCAAGUAUAUUUGACACACAGUCAACGGAUGCCAUUCAUUGUUCCAAAUAGGUCGAUGAUCAUAGCCCUGUGCGAGUUGCUAUCCAGCGCUUUCUAUGUGAUCGUGGCAUGCUGCAAUUAUCGAUAUGAUUCAGAAAUCGAGUACCCUCGAGGGCCCAUAGGUCAUAUAGUCACCUGGUACGGUAUUGCAUGGCUUCCCGCGUACCUAGGCAUUUGGAUCUCCACAUGGAGUUUGAUACACGCUUGCCUUUCCAACGUUGGAGGUACUAAUAAUAAAAGAACUCGGUUUCUAACUCCGCUUGUCUACAACUCUAUAUGGAUGUCCUGGUCACUCUUGGUGAUUGCAGUCACAAGCUUUUGGGCUGCCCGUGCGUCUGGAGUCUUCGUGUCGAUUGAAAGCGACAUGUUACAGGCGUCUGCUUCACUGACAGAGUUGGCCAAGUCAUGGGAUAUCAACCAUAGUUUUUCGGGGAUACCACUUGGAUCUCUCUUAGAACUCCGAGAUCGUCUCCUUACUUUGCAGGAUAGACUCAAAUAUGUGUCUUGGGGAUGGGCAGGAUGUUGGAUUUCAUUCGCGUUUGUGUUGGCAGCCUGCUACUUGAUCACAGUCCGCUCACUCCUGGGAAUGCUCAAAGAAUUAUUACGGAUACGUGAUUCGGAUGUGUGGACUCACCAAUCGUGCUCCACGAUCUGGUCUGAGGUGGAUAGGGAAAUACGCUUUCUUUCCGGCUCUUCUAUCGCCCUUGCAUUAGCCAUACUCUCUCAGAUUUGCGUAUCGAUAUAUCAAUCUCUUAGUGGCGCACAUCUGACACAGGUCCAGUGGAGGAUCGGCUCAGCCAUUAUUGUGCAGCUUCCUGGUGUUUUCAUGGUACCAGCUCAACUCUUACAAUCGUGGAGGCUCUUUUCCGAACGUUCGGUUCUUGUAGAACCGCAGCUGCAUAGAAUACCACUGAAUGCAAAACACCAUGAUCUUCCACAAGCUACUUCGCAGUUAUUGGGAUGGGACACUACGAUGUAUUGGGGCCAUGAGCCAUGUAUGGAAACUCCUAAUUUCUCUGGUCUAUGUCCAGUGUCCUCUAGGGUUUCUACAAUUACCUCCAACGGUUCGACCCAUGGUGAUCCAGAGAAGUCUGGGAUGAACAUCAAGGUCAUGCGAUCAACCGUCGUUACUCGGGAUACUAUCCACAUUAAUGAAUCAGGUAACAGAAUUUCUUGAAACAUUAGAUAGACGAGAGGACUCGAUCAAAACCCUGGGAAUAUGUUGCGGAUCAUGUUCGAGGUGGAAAAUCUGAACUGCCAACCCCUUGCUUCACACUCAGACCUUGAUGAGAUCGUCGGAGAACUAUAUUCUUCUGAUGUGCCACUGUAUCCCUUGAAUAAGACAUUUCGAGUCAUCUAUACGCAACCUAUCAUUGUUGUAAGGUUCUAUCAAUCACAGGUGUGACAGAGUUAUUACAAGUCACAUUAGAUCGACAAUACACUGUGUUUCUUUUCUCUGCUUUUCUCCUGUUCUCCUUCCUUUUUUUGUUUUUCUUUGAGAUCGUUUUUCUUGUAAUUUUCUGAUGUUCCCUUCAAUCCCGAUUGCGGUGGAGAUAGAUAUGAGCCCUUUCCUUUUCCUUUCCAUUUUUGGACUAAGACUUGUUCAGUUCUCUCCCUAAUAGUUACCAUUUUCCUUUCAAGCAAUCCCGUAUUAGGUCUUUGCCUUGU